UUAUUGUUGAAGCAGAUGAUCAGCCUUGUCCAUGGCUGAAAUAGUAUUCACAGCAGUUAUCAACAAAGCUAUUGACAUAUCCAGCAAUGCACUGUUUAAUGAAGUGUCUUCGGACUCGUCCUUGCGGGAAAACAUCCAUUGGAUUGAAACCGAGAUGAGACGCAUGAGAUCUUACCUAGCAGAUGCGGAGGCUAACCAAAUAUCAAGUCAUGGAGGAGCAAACCUGAUAAAUGAUAUUCAAGAACUUGCUCAGGAUGUCGAAAAUGUUCUUGACACUUAUCUUUGUGAAAUAGCAUCUCAUCGCGAGGGAGAGUGGGGGCUUCAGUGUCUCAAAGAAGCUGCUCGGAUUUUCUCUUGUCAUGGCCACACCGCUCAUAAGUUGGUUGCUCGGGUUGAAGAGAUUAAGAGAAAAGUUGCAGACAUUGAUCGUGCCCGGGUGACAUAUAACAUCACAGAUUCAAGCAGCAAUAACAAAGAUGAAAUUUUCAGUACUUCGGAUCAAAGGAGAUCUUUCCUACAUGUGGAUGAAUCGGAAAUCAUUGGUCUAGAGAAAGAUUGCAAGGAGCUGGAGACAAAGUUGCUCGACACAAACUCAGAGUCCGAUGUGAUCUCAAUCAUCGGUAUGGGUGGUUUGGGUAAAACCACACUUGCAAAAAGAGUGUAUAAGCAGGUCAAGUGUCAUUUUGACUGCUCUGCUUUGGUUUCUGUUUUCCAAGAGACAAGAUCGAAAGAAGUGUUACUUGAGUUGGCUAAACAGGUGGGACUAGGAGAGGACAAGAUGGAGCAGAACAUCAACCUCCGCACAUUCCUGAAGGAGAAAAGGUAUCUGAUCUUCCUAGAUGACGUUUGGAGUAUCGAUAUAUGGGACGCUUUAUCCCCAAAUUUCCCUAUCUUUGAUAAUUCCAAAAAUGGUAGUAGAAUAAUCAUCACGUCUAGGAAUAAUGAUAUAGGAAGGUAUAUUGGAGGAGACAGAUCAAUUCACGACUUACAACCUUUAAAGCCUGAGGAUAGUUGGAAACUCUUCAUAAAAGUUCUGUUGAGGGCAUCAAAGGAUAAUAAGAGUGGGAUUCCCACAAAUUUGGAAGGCAUAGGCAGAGAAUUGAUGAAAAGAUGUGGCGGCGUGCCAUUAGCCAUUGUUUUAACAGCUAGCCUUUUGCGCGCAAAAGAAAAAAGUGAACAUGACUGGAAUAGGGUGCUAAAGAAUAUGCAUCAAAAUCACGAGCAAGACUUAGACCAGUGCUCCAAGAUCUUGCGUUUGAGCUAUGAAGACUUGCCCGUUUCCUUAAGACCUUGCUUCCUCUAUUUCGCACUUUUCCCAGAGGACUAUGAAAUUCCUGUGUUCGACUUGAUUAACAUGUGGGCAGCUGAGAAAUUCAUAACCCGAAGAGAAGAUUGUGAGAUUGAGGAAGUUGGGGAGUUUUGCCUAAAUGAUUUGGUUGCUAGAAACCUGAUUCAAGUCUCCAAACGAAGGUACGAUGGAAAAAUUAAAACUUGUCGUAUCCAUAAUGUGCUUCAUGAUCUUUGCAUCAAGGUAGCAAAGGGUAAGAAGUUCUUCCAUUCUCUUAACGACAUAGUAGGCACUACAAGCUCCAGUUGUUGUGUCGAGGGACCUCGUAGACUUGCUGUACAUCAAAGGGAUGCGGACAAGUAUCUUUCUUGUCACCUUGAAACCCCAAAGAUCUAUGCACUUCUUAGUUUUGAACCCAUUAAAGUCCCCAAAAAUCAGAAGGUUAAAAAUAUUUUCCAAAAUGUAGGAUUCUUGAGAGUCCUCAAUUUAGAAAUCUUGGCAUCCCCCGACAAGUGUGGAUGGUCGGUUAUAGGCCCUAUUGGGAAAUUGAUCCAUUUGAGUUACCUUAGAUUGAGAGGGUUCUCAGAUACUUGCCUUCCUUCAAGUAUAAGCAACUUGAAAUACCUACUUACCUUGGAUGUACGAGGUUGCGAUUCCAUUAGACUUCCAACUUGCAUUUGGAAGAUGGAACAACUUAGACAUCUCCAAAUAGGUGCCCUGUCUUUGUUUGUUCGAUCUUGUGUUGGAUAUUGGGGUUUCGAAGAAUCUAACAUCGUAACCAAGCACUACCCCAUUGAAGUCAAUCUCCCAAACAUCCAAACUUUGGAGACAAUGGACGUAUGCUACUGGAACCCCGAGUGGUUGUGCAAAGUUGGUCCCAACAUAAGAAGAUUGGCAGUUUCUGGUGCCUCUAAAGAAACCAUAAAUGUGCUGAACAACCAGAACAACGCUAUCUUUGAGAAGCUUGAGAAUCUUCGAUUAUCUAAUGAUACUACACAUGACAUUUCAAGUGAAAUUUUCACUUUGUCAGGCUGUCCAAAUCUCCUUAAGGUGCACUUGGACGUUUUCUUCUCACCAAGCAUGUUGCCAAGCUUUGAGCAUUUCCCUCCUAAUCUUAUCAAGCUGACCUUACUCAAGAAUCGGCUGACAGAGGACCCUUUGCAGACACUGAAUAAGCUACCAAAAUUGAAGAUCCUCAAGCUGGACUUUGAUUGCUACAUUGGAAAAACUAUGGAUUGUGAUGGUGACUUUUGUCAACUUGAAGUUCUGCGGAUUAGAGGAUUGGAUAAUCUUGAGGAGUUGAUGAUGGAUGGGGUAGGAAUGCCUCGAUUAAGAAAAGUGAUGAUUGAUCGGUGUGAACAGCUCAAGAGUAUUCCUGAGAGCCUCCAAAACUUGAGGACAACUUGAUGGCAGAAGGACUUACAUCAUUUAAUAGCGAUGGAGUAAAACGAUGAUUCUUAAAUUAGAAAUAUUGGACUGUACCAUGUGGAGGUUCUUUACUUUCUUGCUAAUUGAAAGAGCUGAUUCUGCAGACUCAUUUUAUGUAAUCAUAUGAUAUACAGUACUGGCCUUUGGGUUAAAUAAUAUUAAUAGUUCCAUGGCGUGUUUUUACGAAGGA